AUGUCGAGAUUGCACGAAGCCAACCAGGCGUCCAUAGGUGGCAAUGAUGGAAGCGAAGGCGUUGGUGCCUCGGGGACCAAGGCGGAGGCAGCCAAGAUUCGGGCGGCGAUAACGUCGAUUGAUCCUGUCAAGGACUUUUCACGGAUCGGCAGCAUGCCGUGCGCACGAGGCAGUUUGCUCAUGGGUAUGGCCACAGCCGCUGGUGUGGCUGGAAUCAGCCUUGUGGCGGGGCGUGGCUUGCGGAGAGGGUUGAAUUGGGGCGUGGGAUCGUUCUGCUUUGUCUCGAUCGCAAGCUGGGAGACGUGCCGACGCAACAUCAAGGCGGAACAACAUCGCAUGCGCACCGUCAUCGAAAGCUACAAACGUUCCUCGAGAGCCAACCAGCCAAGCCUCACCUCAAUAGCGACAAACGACCCCAACUCACCACACCAACCGCAACCGACACCCUCCCCAUAG